AGCCAGCCAGCCAGCCUAAUCAAGUGCCGAGCGCAUCGAACGGAACACGUCUGACGCAAUCACCGGCGGCGAGUAUCAGUGGACGCCUUUAGAACCACGUGUACCGGCAGAGUCUUGCAGAAAAGUGCGUGUAUUUAACAAGACAAUAUGGGUGACAGUGUAACUCCUGAGGAGAAGGCUCAUCUCAUCACACGCAACCUGCAGGAGGUCCUAGGGGAGGACAAGCUGAAGGAAAUUCUCAAGGAGCGAGAGCUGCGGGUCUACUGGGGAACGGCCACCACCGGAAAGCCACAUGUGGCCUAUUUUGUGCCGAUGUCAAAGAUUGCGGAUUUCUUGAAGGCUGGUUGUGAGGUGACCAUCUUGUUUGCGGAUCUCCAUGCAUAUCUUGAUAACAUGAAAGCUCCGUGGGAACUGCUGGAGCUUCGCACGCGUUACUAUGAGCACGUUAUCCAGGCCAUGCUGCAAAGUAUCGGCGUCCCGCUCGAGCGUCUGCGAUUCAUCCGGGGAACAGAGUACCAGCUCAGCAAGGAGUACACGCUGGAUGUGUACAGACUUUCUUCAGUUGUCACUCAGCACGAUGCUAAGAAGGCAGGGGCGGAGGUGGUAAAACAAGUGGAGCAUCCUUUGCUCAGUGGGCUGUUGUACCCAGGACUGCAGGCUCUGGAUGAGGAAUACUUGAAGGUAGAUGCCCAGUUUGGCGGAGUGGACCAAAGGAAAAUUUUCACAUUUGCUGAAAAGUAUCUUCCCGCCCUGGGCUACGCAAAGCGCAUUCACUUGAUGAACCCCAUGGUUCCUGGUCUCACUGGAGGCAAGAUGAGCUCCUCUGAAGAGGAAUCGAAGAUUGAUCUCCUGGACUCUCCUGCAGACGUAAAGAAGAAAUUGAAGAAGGCUUUCUGUGAGCCUGGAAACAUAGAGAACAACGGAGUUCUAAGCUUUGUCAGACAUGUUCUGUUUCCCCUAAAAUCAGAGUUUGUGAUCCUCCGAGAUGAGAAAUAUGGGGGAAACAAAACUUACGUAGACUAUGAGACCCUGGAAAAGGACUUUGCUGAGCAGUUGGUUCACCCUGGGGAUUUGAAGGCUUCUGUGGAGAAAGCUCUGAACAAACUUUUGGACCCAAUUAGAGAAAAAUUUGCCAAACCAGAAAUGAGGAAACUUAGUAAUGAGGCAUAUCCUGACCCUUCCAAACAGAAGAAUGCUGCUAAAGGUACAGCUAAGAAUGCUGUCCAGGAGGAGAUUGAUCCGUCUCUUUUAGAUUUGCGAGUUGGGAAGGUGUUGAAUGUGAACAGGCACCCAGAUGCAGACACUCUGUAUGUACAGGCAGUGGACGUAGGUGAAGAGAAUCCCCGUACUGUCGUCAGUGGACUGGUACAGUACGUAUCCCCAGAUGAGCUUUUGGGACGACAUGUUGUUGUGCUCUGCAAUCUAAAGCCUCAGAAGAUGCGUGGAGUGGAAUCACAGGGCAUGCUGUUAUGUGCAUCUAGGGAAGGGGAACAAAAAGAAGUAGAACCACUAGACCCUCCUGAAGGUUCAGCCCCUGGGGAACGAGUCUACAUAGAAGGACAUGAGACUGGCGAGCCAGAAGGAGAACUUAAACCGAAGAAAAAAGUGUUUGAGAAGCUUCAGGCUGACUUUAAGAUCUCUGAUGAUCUCUGUGCUCGAUGGAAAGGGAAGAAUUUUCUGACCAAGCUAGGGCUUGUGACUUGUAAAUCGCUAAAAGGGGGUAAUAUCAGCUGAGAUUCAACCUUGAAACAACGGAAAACGCAGCAUGGAUUUAAAUUCCUAACCCCGCCACAGCCCGGAUGCCAGAUACACGUGGAUUCGAUGUUCAAAUAUUUAUACUAGGUGCAUGUGAUAAAACAGGAAUGCCACUCACAUUGCAAAGAUCUGUGUACAACUUGCAUUAAUGGAAUAAAAAUGUAUUUCAUUUA